UCCAGUAUCUUCAAAAAGACAAGGCCUUCGCACGAUACGGACCUACAGGAAAGACCAGUUGUCGUAGAAGUGAAAAGACGAAACUUAACGACAACUCAAAAAUGCCUCUCCUAGUACGGGGCUGGCUGUUAGUUCAAGUUCUGACAAUUCUUCACUCAAAUCAGAGGAACACCGUCCACGGAGGAAUAAAUGAUUGUUACUCCCUCAUCACUGCAAACUCAAAGUUUUCAGCUUCUUCGAGUAACGUCCCUGGUGGUCCAGGGUUCGCAAAGAUUAAUGGGAAUGUAACGUGGUGUGCAGCCAUUCCAAACGAUAUGCAAUAUCUGACAGUCGACUUAGGUUUUAGUCUCUUGUUUGAUCGUGUCGUCAUGCAAGGGUUGCCAAACUCGAGAAGAUCCGUAUCACAAUACAAGUUGAGCUACAGUGCCAACAAUCAAGUUUAUACCCCUAUUAAUAACCAGUAUUUUUUUGGAAGUUUGUACAACGGUAAUUCUCUGAAGGCAACUGAUCUCACCACGCCUCAAACUAGCCGAUACGUGAGGUUUUCUCCAAUAGAACCUAAAGGAGUGAAUGAAAACUACUUCUGCAUGCGAGUGGAUGUACAAAGCUGUCAUAACGACCCAAAUCCUAUCGAUGGCGGAUGGACCGAGUGGACGGUUUGGAGUCAAUGCGCCCGUUGUGGUGGUCUCAAGGCUCGCACAAGGACGUGUACCAAUCCUGCGCCUGCGUUUGGUGGUCUGGAUUGUGAAGGGGCUAAUACCAUUACUCAGUUCUGUCCUAACUAUUGUCCCGUUGAUGGUCAGUGGUCCGCAUGGGGUGCGUGGUAUCCCUGCUCUAAAACAUGUGGUCAAGGAACGAAAUUCAGAGCACGUGAUUGCGUUAACCCACCUCCAUCCAAUGGUGGAGCAUUCUGUCCUGGUCAAGGAUAUGAAUCUUACCCCUGCAAUAACGGCCCAUGUCCAGAUCCUACAACAGUCCCACCACCAACAACUCAGCCAGCUACCACCACAGAGGCUACCACUACUACUGCAGCAACGACAACAGAAGCAACUACAACUGCAGCUACGACUACAGAAGCUACCACUACCGAAGCAACUACAACUAAGGCUGCUACCACCACUGCAGCUACCACAACGGAGACUGUCACCACAACUGAGGCUCCUACUACGACUAAGGCUGCCACCACAACUGAGGCUGCUACUACAACUGAGGUUGCUACUACAACUGAGGCUGCUACCACAACUGAGGCUACUACCACAACUGAGGCUGCUACCACAACCGAGGCUGCUACCACAACAGAAGCUGCUACCACAACUGAGGCUGCUACCACAACUGAGGCUGCAACCACAACUAAGGCUACUACCACAACGGAGGCUGCUACCACAACUGAGACUGCUACCACAACUGAAGCUACUACCACAACUGAAGCUACUACCACUGAAGCAACUACCACAGAGGCUCCAACCACCACGGCUGCCCCUACCACAGCUACACCUACAGGAAUACCUGGCCUCUCGGAUAUCGAUAUCACAUUUGCCUUGAGUGCGACAUCAGCCAACUCCAACGCCACUUACACAUUCAUGCAGAACACACUUAAAACAUUCAUCGACAAGUACGGUGCCAACCAAAUCCAAUACAGUAUCAUUGUAUAUGGCGACCGCGUCGAACGUGUGGUGACCUUCAAUAGCUCCUUUCCCCCAACUGACAAUCAACUGAAAUCAGCCAUCGACGCGCAGUCAGCAUUGGCGGGAGGUCCUGUCCUAGAAGAUGCAUUGCAGGAAACUUUUAAAAUCUUCAACGAGUCAAAAGGAAGACCUGCUGCCAAGAAGGCUCUGGUAGUUGUCACAGAUAACAACUCUGGAACAGAUAAGGGAAAGCUCUCAGCUGCUGUCAAAACGGUAGAAGAACAAAAAGUUUUAGUUAUUUCUGUGGCUGUUGGAGGCGUCGUGGAUACAAAUGAGUUGGCGAUCAUCUCACCCAAUCCCCUAGAUGUUAUAUCGACAAAUGUGAAUGAAAUUCCGGAGAAAGUGGGUGACCGCGUCAUCGACAGAAUAUUGAGACGUACUAUCCCAGAUAUAAACGUGGGUUUUGCCAUCCGAGACGAAGAAGUAGAAUCUCUAGGUCUCUUCACGUUGAUGCAAGACACUAUUAAUACAAUUAACCAUCGGUAUGGAACAGAAAGAGUCAAAUACACAGUCAUUUUAUACGGCAACAUCAAUUCUACGAGUGUGGACUUCUCCAACCGGAAUGUCAAUCACAGGGAGCUCAUAUCGAUUGUGACGAGUUUAGAGAGAGUUCCUGGGGCUAUUGAUCUUCAAGCAAAGCUAACAGACGCAGAGGCUUUAUUCCGAUCUUUACCAAGUAUACAAGGGAGUAAGAAAGUGUUCAUUGUACUCACAGAUGUGACUGCGGGUGGAAAUGAAAGUGCAAUUACUUCAGCAGGUGCUUCAUUGGUAAGGGAAGGAAUCCUUGUCUUCUCAGUGAAUCGUAGUGAAGAUGGAACUAACGUGGUGACGGUAACACAAAUUGACUACCUUGAUAUUCCAACCUUCACUACGGAUCGGUCAGUUGUCAUUGCAGAGACCAUCAUAAGGAAAGCAUCGUCAGCGAAUAUCCCUCUGAUCGAUCUGACCUUCGCACUCAGCGCGACCUCAGCCUCGUCUGACUUGACUUUCUUCCUGAUGCGAAAUGCAGUCACUGCAAUCAUAGACAAAUACGGUAUUGACAGAAUCCACUACAGCGUGAUCAUCUUCGGCUCUACUGUCAUGAAACGCGUGACCUUCGACGAUCAAUUUCCGGAAAAGAAUGCAUUAAAUAGGAUUGUGGGCAGAUCUCAAAAAGUUGUCGGCGAGCCAAACCUAUUGGCAGCUCUGGAAGAGGCGAAGAGCCUUUACGAACUACAAUCGGUCAGGUCAAAUGCCAGGAAAGUUCUCGUCGUCAUUCUGGACGCCCCAUCAGCCAGUAAUGCUACGGCAGUGAGGCAAGCUGUCACUGACCUUGAUAACAAAGAUGUUCUCGUCAUCGGGGUUGGAAUGGGAAGUUCGGCGAAUGAAAAUGAUUUGAUUGGAAUUACGAAGGACGAUCGACACCUGAUCAAUGCACCUCUAAACAAGUCACCCCGAGAAGUAGCCCAAGAAAUUAUCGAGGCCAUAUUUUAUGGCAUUAAUACUGCCGGAUUCAGUCAAUGGGGAGAUUGGAGCACAUGCUCAGAGCCGUGUCGUUCUGGUGGUGUUGCUGGCACUCAACAGCGCAGGCGUAUUUGCGAAAUUCCCAGACGAGGAUGCUUCGGUCCCACGGUGGAAACAAGAGAAUGCAACACUCAAAACUGUCAAGUUUGCGGGGAAAUAGGUCCAUUGGAAGAUAGUUCUUAUCAAGCUUCGAGUUCUGUACAAUUACCACGAUUCGCUAAACUAAACACGACUGAUCCUGGUGUUAACAGGCGAGGCUGGUGCCCAUCUCCAGAUGAUAGUGACCCGUAUCUCCAGAUUGAUUUAGUUGAUAGUGUCGAUAUCAGUGGUAUUGCCACAAAGGGGCAAGAUUUUUCUGGACUUGAACGCUGGGUAACAAGUUACUAUAUCUCAUACAGUGAGGAUGGAUUCAAAUACAUUGAGUAUGUAGAAGGAGGCCAGAGGAAGAAUUUCACUGGCAACACAGAUCCAACGAAUAUUGUCAUUAACGAGAUCAAUAUAACGACAGCAGCCAAAAAAAUCCGAUUCUAUCCUUUGACGUUCGUUGAGCAGGCGUGCAUGCGAGCCUCAGUGUUUGGGUGCCCUCCGCCAGUUGCCGAAGUUAUCAGUAGCCCAAUAGCACAAACUGGAAUCUUGAUCGCGUUAUGGAUCUUGGCCGGAAUUCUGUCAUUCCUCCUACUCAUGGCCUGUUGUUAUUAUUGUUGUUGGCAUGUCUGCUGCGGAAGAGGUAAAAAGAGGCGGGGUUUGACGGCCUUUAGACACACAUGGAUGGACGACCCAGAUGGAUAUCUUAUCGAAAGUUUAGAGAAGAGAUGGAGGCUUCCGUCAGCGGAUAUAAUGACUGCAGCUAAAUCUGUUCCUCAAGAUGAAAUUCAAGAGGUCAUUGUGGAUAUGCAGGACGAAAAUUUUAAGCCAUCAGGAGUAAUACAGUUCGGUAUUGAGGCCGAAGCAAGCAAAGAAGCUCCCGUCACUGCCGACACCGUACACUCGGAGACACCAACGUACUCGGAAGAUGCCGUCGAUGAUGUGAAAAAUGGCGCCAGUAUGAUAAGUCUAAGUUCGGAUACUGCACGGUACGCCUCCAUUAACAGAAGAAAGCGAAUCAAAAGUGACCCAUCUGCAGUUGGGCCGAAUCUUGGGGCAGCUUCUUUGGAACGAAACAGCACAAAAGGGCAGAGACGAGGCUCUGGUGUCACAAAUGAAGGAUUUACCAGAUCCAAGGAGUGGUUACUUGACGAUUCGCCCCAGGCCCGUCCUUUGGCACCAGAAAUGAGGCGUGCCGUAAGUGCAGACGAACUCGCUGUGGUUGACUAUGACAUGUUCGCUCCACCAAGUGGUCAGCCUGCUUUCAGAGGGGAGCUGGGUCGGGAUGGUUACAUGAGAAUGAAGCAAACUAACCCGGAUCAUACAUAUGAAGCACUUCCAAUCGGAAACGCUGACGUUACCAUGGGAGCCGAACAAGUGAGGGAGGCAGUUGUUAUGGAAAACGAAGACCCGUUAUACGCUGAAAUACGUUUCAAUGAUGAGGGAGAAAUGGUGGAGAUCAAGUGAGACUAUAGCGUUUAAGGACGGCAUACAGCAAACCAUGAACAAGGAAGGAACCCAAUUUAGUGAAGUUGGAAAAUCGUGAAAAUAUCCAAGAUCUUUCCAUAACGUUCGAGUUUAAAAGAGAUGUCCAGCUUUUAUUUUGUUUACAGUGUCUUUUAGGAAAAUGCACCGUAAGUGUUUGAGAAUGUGUACUUCGUGCAGUCGUAGGGAAUACUUAGUUUCGUUUAGAAUUGCAAUUAUUAUGAAGAUGUUAUGUGUUAAAGGAGAUUUAAUUAGUUAUAAAUGCAGUUUUAAGUCACAUAAGUUACCAACUCGAUCGAGUUUCAUGGCCGAGAGGGCCUUGGAACAGUUUGACCAGCGAGCUACUAGAAGCAAGCGGAUAGUUCUGUAUUCAAAUAUCAAAAAUGUAAUAAUAUAAUGAGGAAAAAAACAACGCUUAUUGUAGCUUUGAUCUGUUUGAUUUGUGGGUAGAUAGUUAUUGCUGCACAAUAAUUAUGACCGUACAGCAUCCAAAUUUGUAUUUAUCAAGUGUAAUUCCCAUUUUCUCAGUCGAUGCUUUACAGAAUAUCUAAAACUUCAAGGUGGAAAGAAUGCAGCUUUCUUAUAUUCUGAUAACUUUAUUUUUAAUAUUCUCUAAUUACGCAUAAAAGGUUAAGUAUUCUUUGGGUGUUGUUUCUACUUGUGACUCAAUAAAUAAAAGGUUAAAAUUAAAAGAAGUACAAUUCUA